CACACACACACACACACACACACACGCAUACACACACACAUACACACAGAAAAUUGUAUUUAUUUUGGGAGGGACCAAGAGGGUGCCUGGCAGAGCCGGGUGGGGGGGGGGAAUGCGAGAGCAAGGACGCGGCUGCGGGCUGGCUGCGCGAGGUGUGAGUGUGAGUGUGUGUAUGUGUGAGUGAGUGUGUGUGUGCGUGCGCGCUCGUGUGCCGGCUCGGCACCUCCAUUCAUCGCCGCCCCCUCCCCUGGCGUCCCCUCCCCCGCCGGCCUCCGCGCUUGGCUGCGAGCGAGCGAGUGAGCGGAGGCGCCUCCGGACCGACCGACCGACCUACCGACCGACCGACGGACUGACGGAGCCCAGGAGCCAGCGGGGCAGCGGCGGCGGCCCCCGGCGAGCGAGAGGUCCUGUGAUUACAUGAAUGUGGAGAGCUCUCAGUGUGGAAACUUCCUCCUCUGAUUCCCAUGUGAAGCUCAUCUGUAUUCUGCAGGCCUAAACACUUGUCCAGGGUGCAGAAAGAUUGUCACUUGAAAGGCCUUGGAGAGGAUGUGGAAUUGGAGUAGGAAGACCCGCCUCUGACACUUAGUGGCUACACGACCUUGGGAAAGAGGCUCACUUAACCUCUGGAGAAGAUGCCGUUCCAUCAUGUGACAGCCGGCUUAUUGUAUAAGGGGAAUUACCUGAAUCGGUCCCUCUCUGCAGGCAGUGACAGUGAGCAGCUUGCUAACAUCUCAGUGGAAGAAUUGGACGAAAUCCGUGAGGCCUUUCGGGUUCUGGACCGGGAUGGGAAUGGCUUCAUCUCCAAGCAGGAGUUGGGCAUGGCCAUGCGCUCUCUGGGCUACAUGCCCAGUGAGGUGGAGCUGGCCAUCAUUAUGCAACGCCUGGACAUGGAUGGGGAUGGCCAGGUGGAUUUUGAUGAAUUCAUGACAAUCCUGGGCCCCAAGCUGGUGUCAUCAGAAGGUCGAGAUGGUUUUCUUGGGAACACGAUAGAUAGUAUAUUCUGGCAGUUUGACAUGCAAAGGAUAACUCUGGAAGAGCUAAAGCAUAUCCUGUACCAUGCAUUCCGGGAUCAUCUCACGAUGAAAGACAUUGAAAACAUUAUUAUCAACGAAGAAGAGAGCCUGAAUGAGAACUCAGGAAACUGCCAGACAGAGUUUGAAGGAGUGCAUUCCCAAAAGCAGAACAGACAGACCUGCGUCAGGAAGAGCUUAAUAUGCGCCUUUGCCAUGGCCUUCAUUAUCAGUGUCAUGUUGAUCGCGGCCAAUCAGAUUCUCCGCAGUGGCAUGGAGUAGUAAGUAGUCUUUCACCCGACACUGUGAACCAAACUCGCCAUGCAUGUGCAUGCCCGGUGGGCAGACUUUUUUCCUCCAUGAAACCGGAAAGGGAACGUGGUGGACACCAAGACGCUUUCGGCAAAGGGAACCCGAGGCCGGCAGGACGACCCGUCUUAAGAACCAGCUCCAUCUUCUUGUCAGGGACACCAAAGGGCUGUCUUCAAUGCUUUAAUAGUUUUGUUUCCUAAUGCAAUAAAAUUUAAAAAAAUAACAUAAAAACCCGGGGAGUUCUGAAUUCUUGCUUCAGCCAUCAAUAGGAACUCUGAGGAGAAGCUUCAUUUCCAUCCGGGACCGACGUGUGGUGGUCUACGCUGGGAGUCGGAAAGAGAGAGAGAGAGACAGAUCAGAGACUGAGAACGAGCUGCAGCUACUACUGGCCAACUCCAUACAUCCAACCCAAAGCUUGGCCAACAGCAGACUCUUCCUGGGGGUGGGCCUAUUUUGGCUCCACCGAAGCUGACGUUGGUGUAUCUGCAAAGAAGACCACCAUUUCAUCUCCCUCAGCUUACUCCGUCCACCCCCAACGGAGCCCCUGCGACGUGAGGGCAAAGCCAUUGUACAGGAUCAUGGUUUUCAAGUGGUACCACACCUUAUUGGUGUGCGUGUGUGUUUGCGUGCUAUUCCUACUUUUUUUUUCACUGCCUUGGACACAGGACUUUUUUUUUUUUGGCAGAAUUGAGGGCUGGGGAGGAGGGCUUUGGGUCUCCAUUUGCAGUUUUCUUUCUGUCCCCGGCGCAGAUAGGGGAAGCUCCUUUUAUGCACCAGCAUCUUGGAAUCUGCAUAGAGCCUUUUUCCCAAACUUGCCUCCUGUGCAGCCAUUAGAGAGAGAAAGAAAAAAAGGAAAUAUAUGUGUAUAUGUAUAAAUAUAUAGGUAUAUUUGGCUUCCUUAUGUAUGUGCCCAACUGUGCCAUUGUCCAUUCUAAAUUUUUUGUUUCUGCUAUAAAUCGGUCCCUUAGCAAUGCAAUUAUUAUUAUUGUAUUAUUAUUAUUAUUAUUGUUAUUCUUUUUUACUGGGGUAGAUGGAAUAUUUUAAGACCUCCAACUAUGUGUUAUCUUUGGUGAUGGAGAUAAAGAAUGAGCAAAUCUUUCUGCCAGAUCUACUCUGUAGGUGACAUUCUCCUGGAGGAACAUCUUUCCUUUUCUCCGUCAGUCAUUCUUCCCCCUUCCCUGUCAGGUUCCAUCAGUGUGUGGGCUCAGGGUAAAAUCAGCCCAACAGAGCAUUUGAAGCCAAAGUGACUGAGAUGGAAAGAUCAAACUACUAUAUUUUACAUAACAUCUCCUGACAUUCAGAUUCUGCGAUUGACUCAUUUUCAUGGAAGAGAUUUUAAUGAGCUUAGCAAACAAGACAGGUAAUUUACUUUUGCAUGCACGGUGAUGGUGGUGGUGGUGGCAGUGGUGGUGGUGGUAAAGAGGGGAACAAAAUGACCUGUUUUCAAUGCAAUCUUGAAAACUGUAAUUUAGUUUCUUUUCUAAGGUGCCGUAUCAGUCUAUUACAAUUAAUUCUCGUUUUGCAUAGUCUGAUUAGUGAAAUCUCAUCAACUGUAACAUUUCUCUGUAACAUUUCUCAUUGUACUUUUCCAAGCUCGGUUGGGAGCUCAGAAAUACUUCAUUAAAUUCUGUCAUGGGGUUUUUCUGGGUGCAUUCUCAUCUACAUCCUAAAUCCAAAAGCUUUUUCUUGCUUGUUACCUUUCUUUCCUUCCUGUUUUGGAGUAACUGAAUACUCACCUAUCUGGGUUUGGGAGCCUGCUUUAUCUUCUUGGAGCAUGCCCCUACUUUACCUCUCCUCCUUCCAUCCCACGACACCCCACCCUGCAAUCUGGCCCCACUUCAAGCUUUCUUCCCCUCCUUCUCCUCCCCAGUCACCACAGUUAGUUGUGUGUUCGUAAGACGGGAUCAACUCAUCUGUAGAAUCUUCCUGCCAUAGGAAAGUGAGAAUCUUCACACUAUGCAGAUAUAAGGGUGUCAAAACAAAAAGACAAAAAACAAGGUUUCCUAUGAGUGAUAGUGGAAGUAGGCUAGGAAGCAGAUGUGAGCCUCUGGGACCACAGUUGGGCGGUCCAGGGUUCAGGGAAUCCCCCUUCUGAAAUCCCCAUGGAGUCAGAGUUCAGGAUCUUAUUGACAGUUUACUUUUGACUUUCUGUGUGAUGUCAGCCAAGUCACAUUCCCUCUCUGGGCCUAUUUUCCUGCCAGUAUAGCUAGAGGACUAGGCUACCCCACCUGUGAGAAUCCUUCCAGGUCUAACAUUCUGAGAUAUACAGCGUCAUGGUUUUAGGGGCCAUGAAGUCCAACCCCCUCACUUUACAGUUGAGGAAUGGAAACCCAGAGAUAUUAAUGACUUGUGACCCAAGGUCACUGACCCCAAAUCUAACACUCUUUCCAGUAUGACCCCACUUUGAUCCUAUGCACCCAAUGGUAGCCUCCUAAGGAAAGAAGUGUCCAGUGGCCAGCACUCCCCCGUGUAGGCAGGCAGAGAUUCAGAGUGAAUGGUACCUGCCUAGGCCUUCAGGAUGGAGGCAGAGGUGGAAGAAAGCUCUACUUUAACUUCAGUUUCAAUUCAGGGAUUCCUCAGAGCCCGCAGGGACCAUCAGUAUUGUCUGCUGCUAUGAACCCCUCCUUUUUGAGUGGGAGGAAACUGAGUGAGGAAGUAACUCUUAAUGCAUGCCAGAGCCAGGAUUUGGUACCUUGUUUGGGUUUGAUCCCCCUGGAUAAAUGCCCUUUUCUACAGGGUGACAUCCCUUUCCCUCUGAAGUAGUACUAGAUCCUAGUGCUGAAUAAAAAUUCAUGGAAAGUGCUUUAGAGGAUGCAAAUAGAUCUCUUUAAAUUCUCUCCUGGUUAGUCACUUCAAAAGAAGAGCUGUGGGGGCCCUUGGAGGCCUUGGAAGUCUGUACUCCAAUGAUAGGGCAAGCAGAUAGCAUGGAAGGGCAAUUGAAAGGGAAACCAUGCUGCCUCCCCUCAGCUAGGCUCCCUGCCUCAGUAGCCCUGGCAGCAGAAGCCCAAGCCAGAAACAGUACAGAGUAUAGCACUUUAAUUCAUGAGACCUGAAAGCUUGCUUCAACAGCAUCCUGCUCAUGGUAAUUCAUACCAAUGGUACUAGAUAUAUAAGGCAGCUAUUUCUCACUCUCCAAAGACAGCCAGGGCGAGUGUCAAGCAUCAUGGCAAGGAUUGAUCCCUUAUUGAUGAUUCUGAAAGGACCCCCUGCCUUCCACAGUGAGAGAAAAGCCAAGAGAGACAUCUCUAUGUGUGAUUAUUAUGCCAGAUGUGAGAUCAUCCUGCGCGUUAGGGGACUGAGCCAGAAAUAAUAUCUCCUGGAAUCCAUUCCAGCCCUUCGGAUGCUCACUGUCUACCAGUAGAGGGUAGGGGGAGUCCCUUUCUCUCUCUCACACUUCCUCCCUCCUCACCUCUCCAAUGUUCAUCUCAGAGCAGCCUGAAGCAGGGAUCAGAUGGGGUCUUCUUCAGGUGGGAGAAAAUGGCUGCUGGGGUGCAGGCCCCAAGGAAGAUGUCUACAACACACUCCUAGAUUUAGAUCAAGGAAGCAACCUUAGAAUUCUCAUUUUUCAGAUAAGGAGAUUUAGGCCUAGAAAAGUGGCUUGCCGUGGGGGUCACACUGACCUCUUCUGGGCCCCAGAAUGCACCAGAAUGCCCUGAAAGGGGCAAAGACCGAGAACACUGAUGCCCCUGUCUGUGCCGGUGGGGUGGAGAGGGAAAAAGGAAGGAAGGAGGGAAGGGGGUCAGGAAGGAGGAGGGCUGUCUGUAAAACUUCGCCUAGGGGCCUGGAAUCUCAGCCCUGGGACCACUUAUUAACCCACUUAGUGGUGUCCAAGGAGCAAUUCACAUUUUGGAAAGCAGCCCCAUACUGAUGGCCUCUCGUUGAGCUAUUUCCUGGCUUCUCCUUAGUGGUGAGGGGUUGGGCAGCAGGGAGCUGAUUUUAUGGGCCUGAUUCACUGGCUUGGUCUGGGAAGCAUUUGCUGCUUCCUUGCAAGGCUGGCCUAGGAUACUGAUACCCUAGCCUUCCUGGCCCCCGCUCAUGGGUGUUUUCUUAGAUGGAAGAAACCUGGCCUCUCUGGGCCCUUUUCUCCAUCUCCCAGACACCAUGCCUGGGCCCCCUUCCCGGCCAUAUCCUGAGUGAGAUGCUUAACACAUAAAGGACUGAGAAGCAGACCAUGGAAUCUGAGGCUGAAAGAAAGACCUUGGAGAUCAUUUGGUUGAUACUCUAGCUGGGUAGAGGAGGAAGUGGAGAUUGGGAGAGCAGAAGUCACUUGCCCAAGGUCACAGAGCCAGUAGGUAGCCAAGCUGGGAUUUGAACCCAGAUUCCUCCUACUCAGUAUGCAGAGACUGUCUUACUAUGCCAUAGUUAUUCACUUCCUGUCUCUUUUGUCCCCAGAGUUGACUGGACAGAAUGGACUAUUAUGCUGGAAAACCAGCUGCCCCUAGCUUGGUGAGGGGGAGCUGAAGGAAGAGGUCCCUAGGAUGAGUCCCUAACCACAAAGCCACUACAAAAGCCAUUCCAAAAGAGCAGUGGCCUCAGUGUCCUAAAGGUCUCCUACUUGCUGACUGUAUGGGCAAAUCACUUCUCUCUGGCUCUCAGCUUCUCCUGCUGUCAGAUGAGGAAAGGAGGAGAGCUUGACAAGGUCAGGAGUUCUUAACCUCUUUGGCAUCUGAUAGACCCCUUUUAUGGACCCUUUCUCAGAAUAAUGUUUGUUACCUACACUCAUAAUCCAAGAAAAUGCUAAAUUUCAAUUAGAAGCUAUUGAGAAUAAAGAUAGAAUUUUGUCCCAUCCGAGUUCACGAACCCCUCUGGAAUCUUAGGAAGAAUCCCUGGACGAGUUGACCUCUUCAGAGCCCUUUUCUGUGUUGUGUUCCAUGAGUCUCCUCUAACUUUGCAGCAAUCCUGGGGAGCAGGGGGGAGAUCAGUGACAAACACAGUGUAUAGUGUAAGUCCCUUCUGCCAGAACAGGUGCUAAUGAGGCCACCACAAAGGGCGGUGGGAAAACUGGAAGUAGGGGAAGGAGGAACUGCUUGGAAGAGAAACUUGGACAAAGAAAAAAGAUUACAGGCCCCUAGGUCUAUGGAUGGAAGAGACCCCAGAGGCCAUAAGGUCCAAGCCCUUCAUUUUACAGAAUAAGAAACUGAG